AUGAACCUCGUUCCAUCCUGUCACCUCUCACUGCUCCUUCUGCUUGUUGCAAACCUAACAGGUGCGAACGGGAACAGAAUCAUUGGGGGCACAGAGGUAAAUCCCUACUCCAUCAAGUAUCAAGCCUCCCUCCUGUUCAUGGACUACCACUUCUGUGGAGGCACCCUCAUUCACGCACAGUGGGUGGUGUCUGCUGCCCACUGCUGGAGGCCGGGUCACCUGAUCCAAGUGGUCCUGAGUGAGCACAGCAUCCACAAGAAGGAGGGUUUUGAGCAGUUUUUCAAUGUUUCCUUAGUCCUCAGGCACUACCAGUACCAACACUGGACAUUUGACAAUGAUAUCAUGCUGCUUAAGUUGGACCGGCCAGCUGUCAUCAAUGACAUGGUUGCCCCGGCCACUUUGCCAGAUCCGGAUGCACCUCCAUUGGCUGACCUUGCCCGAUGCACAGUCAGUGGCUGGGGUGUGACAUGGCUCAACAGCUACAGCCUGUCACCUGUACUGAGGUCUGUAGAUGUGGACAUCUUCUCUAAUUGCUGGAACUAUUACUACUUUAGGAUCACAAAUAACAUGAUCUGCGCUGGCUCGAUCUAUGGUGGGAAAGAUUCUUGUCAGGGUGACUCAGGAGGACCCCUUGUCUGUAACGGUAAAUUUGAGGGUAUUGUAUCCUGGGGCAUUGGCUGUGCCUAUGCUUACUACCCUGGCGUCUACACUAAGGUCAGAAACUACCUCGGAUGGAUCAACUGGGUCAUCCAGAACCGCUAAUGAGACUCUUAAUGGCAAGCUCACCUAAGACUCUGCUAUGAGGAAGAUUUGAAUGGAUCCUAAUGGACCCAAAGGCUAAUGGAUAUUUUUGUUGUUGCUGUCUUUUAUACAGUACUUUUAUAUAAAAAUGAAUAUAUUUGCUGAUAUGAAAUUAUCUGUAACAAACAUCCAAGUGUGAACUCAUUAAAACACACACGGAUAAAAAAAAACACACUUUUUCCCCACUUAGUGAAUAUCGUCUGAGAAAGAAGACUCAGGUUACUGUAAAAACAAACCAAGUCUCACAUAUAAAUGCAGCUGAAUGCACUUUGUACUUUAUAGUUAUUCUAUUGUGUUUUUAGUGUUUUCCUGAAGCGAUGUCACAUCCAUUUCAGGGAUCAUUCUGGUCUUUGAAUCCUCCACAUCACCACUGACUUAGAGCUUAAAGAGAAACUGGACUUAACAAUAAAGAUACAUAUUUUCACAAACUGUCUCCUCUGUUUUUGGUUAACUGACACACUGUAAGACGAAAUAAAUGAGGAACAAAAACAAUCAGGAAGGCAGGCAUACAGGCAUGCAACCUGCCAAACAUCACGUUUAC